CUGGUGGUAUCAACGAUUCCAAAUAAACAUCCGUUGUGCCUUCUGCAUGAUGUCACGAGCAUCGCGGUAGGUUCCUAACGAAGAGCUCUCCGGACCGUUUCUCACAUUCAACGUAAAGUGUAAUGGAAAAGUCGAGAGCAAGCCAAACAGCUGAACGGCCCGCACGAGUGGGCUCCCCAAGCGUUUUUUGCCCUUGUCAUCGGUUCCAUCGCGCGUUGCUUACUAUGCACAUGUCACGCAUUUUGCCGAGAUAACGUCUCACCGUGACCGUGACCGGGCCGCCGCUCCCCACGUCUUCACGGACAUCACACUUCUCGCGCGCACAAAAAGCCGAGCUGAGCGGCUAGCGCGGGGGAUCGACCGUGAAGCCCGCUAGAGAAGCGUCAGCCGCCUCGGACACAUCUCGCUGGCAUUUCGUUUUCUUUUCGCUGUACUAUUUUGUUUUCUUUUUGCAUUGUCAAUUGAUAUUUUGUCGUCUUCGCUGAAUUAACGUCACGAUCGAUCAACAAGAACAUAAAACCUCCUCCAUUUAAAGGACCGACGCGGCGUAUUUCUUCGUGUUAACUAGGACACAGCUUUUGUUUUACUCUGAACAAGAAGACUCGGCUUGGGCAGGUGCUGUCGCCCCAAGGUAGCCGGCAGGAGGAGACGCGGACCGCUCCGGAACAGCCAGCGCUAGCAGCAGAGAGAGCGAUGGUUUUGGAGGUGGCGGCGAGGUCAGAGGGUAAAGGCUAUUCACCCAGCAUCCUCGAUUGUAGAAUACACAGCCAUCUUGGAUCUGCAGGGAGAAGAGAAAUUAAUGCGGUGACAAACAGUAUGUUUGGUGCUUCAAGAAAGAAGUUUGUAGAGGGGGUUGACAGUGAUUAUCACGAUGACAGCAUGUACUAUAGCCAGUCUUCGAUUUUCCGACCGGAAAAAGAGAUGCUGGGAUCUCCAUCACCAUCGACAUCAAGUCAACUAUCCACAUUUGGUGCAAGUUUAUAUGGACAACAAAGUGCACUAGCCCAUUCAAUGAGGGGAAUGAGCAACAACAAUCCUCAGUUAAAUCGCAGCUUAUCACAAGGUACCCAGUUGCCAAGCCAUGUAACUCCGACGACGGGGGUACCGACUGUGUCACUUCAUACUCCACCUUCACCAAGCAGGAGCAUUUUACCUAUGAAUCCCAGGAAUGUGAUGAACCACUCCCAAGUUGGUCAGGGAAUUGGUAUGUCUGGCAGGACAAACAGCAUGACCAGUUCAGGUUUAGGCAGUCCAAACAGAAGCUCUCCCAGCAUCAUUUGUAUGCCAAAGCAACAACAGUCUCGACAACCUUUUACCAUAAACAGUAUGUCUGGAUUUGGAAUGAGCAGGAAUCAGGGGUUUGGCAUCAACAGCUCAUUAUCAAGCAACAUUUUCAAUGGAACAGAUGGGAGUGAAAAUGUGACGGGUUUAGACCUUUCAGACUUUCCAGCACUGGCAGACAGAAGCAGAAGGGAAGGAAGUGGCAACCCAACUCCAUUAUUAAAUCCGUUGGCUGGAAGGGCCCCUUAUGUUGGAAUGGUAACAAAACCAGCAAGUGAACAGUCCCAAGAUUUUUCCAUCCACAAUGAAGAUUUUCCAGCGUUGCCUGGCUCCAAUUACAAGGAUCCCACGUCGAGCAAUGAUGAUAGUAAAUCGAGUUUGAGUUCAUCGAGCAAGAAUACAUCUAGUACGGAUGGGCCCAAAUUUCCCGGGGACAAAAGUUCUACAGCGCAAAACAACAACCAGCAAAAGAAAGGGAUUCAGGUGUUACCUGAUGGACGGGUAACAAACAUUCCUUCAGGGAUGGUAACAGAUCAGUUUGGAAUGAUUGGGCUCUUAACAUUCAUCCGGGCAGCCGAAACAGACCCUGGAAUGGUGCACCUUGCAUUAGGCAGCGAUUUGACAACACUAGGUCUCAAUCUCAAUUCUCCAGAAAACCUUUAUCCCAAAUUUGCAUCACCUUGGGCAUCUGCGCCCUGUCGACCUCAAGAUAUAGACUUCCAUGUACCAUCCGAGUAUUUAACAAACAUUCACAUAAGGGAUAAGCUGGCUGCAAUAAAACUUUCCAGAUAUGGUGAAGAUCUUCUUUUCUACCUGUACUACAUGAAUGGAGGAGACCUUUUACAGCUGUUGGCAGCAGUGGAACUAUUUAACAGAGACUGGAGGUACCACAAAGAAGAGAGGGUAUGGAUAACUCGAGCACCUGGCAUGGAGCCAACAAUGAAGACCAAUUCUUAUGAGAGGGGGACAUAUUACUUCUUUGACUGUCUUAACUGGAGGAAGGUAGCUAAGGUACAGGAGUUCCACCUGGAAUAUGACAAGCUCGAAGAAAGGCCUCAUGUGCCAUCCACCUUCAACUAUAACCCAGCUCAGCAAGCCUUCUAAAAGACUUCUGUUCAAGGGGUAUGGCUGCCUCAGCAAAUUACUCACUGAAACUGCAGAACUGAUGUGGCUCAGGCAUCCUGGUUUUUAUUCCAUGAGGAUCUGGCAAUUGACUUAGGCAAGAGAGUUCAUCAUUUCAAUAGUCCUGCCUUUCAAAAUAUGUCCUGCCCAACACCCCAACUUUUUUCUUUUUUUUUUUCUUUUUCAUUUUUUCCCCCCUUUGUUUUUGUUAUAUUUGGAGCAAGGUGUGGUUUUCGUUAAGGUGUCUUGCAGACUUCAGUCUGUAAAAAGGCUUAGAACUUUAACAUACAAUGCAACCAAAAAAUAGUAAUACAGCACAGUUACAGUGCUUAGUAUUAAGGAAGGUAAAUUUACAGUUCAUUAUAGCACUAUUCAUAAAGAAAAAAAAUUUUUAAUGUGAGACACUUCAUGUAUUUUGCUUGGAAAGAUAAGUGACCUGUAUUUUUUUUGACUUUAUUCCCUUUAUUCAUCCCGCUGAACUUCAUGGGUACCAGUUUUCACCACCACGUCUCUGAAAGACUUUGAAGGGUAAUUCUGCCUAGUUUAAGCAAGACUCUUUAAGUGAACGUUAAUGCCACAACCUCUGGAUGUUUUUUCCAUGGUUGUGAUCUGCUGAGCUUCAUCUUUCCAGAAUGAGCAAAACACUGUCCAGUCUUUGUUACAAUUUUGUAAUAAAUGUGUACAUUUUUUUAAUUUUUGGACAUCACAUAAAUAAAGAUAUGUAUGUACGAAUGUGUAUAUAUUAUAUAUAUAUAUGACAUCUAUUUUGGAAAAUACUUGCCCAGCUGAACCUCAUUUUUAGGAGGUGUGCAUGGAUGCAAUACAUGGAAACAGGACAUUCUGGAACUGCUGGUCUGGGGACCACAGAGUCACCCCUGUGCACUUAAAGUUUAAUAAUAAAAAGGCCAGAUUUUCAGCAGCCAAGGACAUCCAUACCCAAGUGAACAUGAUGGGACUCAAAGAAGAUAUGAACUGAGACUAUUCACUCUGGCUGUUUGAAGAGCAGCAUUUCAUAGGAAAAACAAAAAAAAAGAAUAAAAAAAAGAAACAAUCUUGUAUUUUCUGACCACGUUAAAGCUUCUUCACUUUGUAAUAAAGUAGAAAAGCUCUCCUCA